AUGGAAGUGCAGCUGGAAAUAGAGGCACUUCAGGACACUAGACAAAAGGAAUCUCAGAGCCCAGAUAAUGUAAAAAUACAGAUCAAAAAUACUGUCCAAGAGCUGGAAGCUGCCGACCAGCUGCAGGAGGUGUUGCUGAGGAAGGCUGGCAGCCAAGCUGAGCACCUGAGAAAGAUGGUCCAGAGCCACGAGGAAGUACUUCUGGAACUACGUGGCAUCCUAAUGGACUAUGAAGACAACCCAGGAAAGAAACUCUGGGAGUGUGGGAACAUGACUAGCCUCCACAUCCACAACCUGAGCACAGCACUUGCUGAUGUCCUGCGAGAUUUUGACUCAGAGGUGUCAUGCCUCAAAGGAAAGCUUGCCCUGGUAGAAGAAGAACUUGAGUCAUUGAAAAAAGAUUCACAGGCCCCAAACCAACUUCUGCUUCAGCAGCAUCACAAAAGGUACCUAAGGACUGAGCAUGGGCAGGAGGUGGCAGCACUGAUAAAGCUAAUGGUGCACACAGCUGUGCAAAUGCUCUCCAAUACUAGAGAGCAAACAAGAACCCAAAAUUCAGGAGAUGCACAUCAAAUUGGUCACCUGGAGUCAACAGUUUCUCAGCUGCAUUGUGAAUUACAAGAAGCUGGGAGGAUGUAUGGAGACAAGGUCAAAGAUCUUGAGAAGCAGUUGCACCGAGCUCAUUCUGAGAUCACAGAAGCUCAGGCAGAACAGGAUCAGCAAGGCCAGGCACCUGGCCGUCAGAAUGACCAGAUUCAUCAACUCCUGACUGAACUUCAUAGAAAAGAGGUAGAACUAAGUCUAGAGAAGGAGCAGAACAAGAGGUUUUGGGACCAGAACACAGACAACAGCAUCACCAUGAACUGCCUGAGGAGAGAACUGGACAAGAAAACCAUGGAAUUGCAGCGCCUGGAAAACACAGUGAGGGAAAUGAGGACUGAACGUCAGAUGGAGCUUCAGAUGGCUGCAAUUAAAGAAAAAAAUGAAAGCAUUGGAAGAAUCUCCUCCUUGACUGUCCAGCUGGAGUCAACCAAGGAAACACUCCGUAAAGUUAAAGAAGAUCUUGCAUCCAAACAAAUUGAUUUGGAGGCUGCUGAGAAAACAGUGUCAGAUCUGACAGCCUGUCUGCAGGAGAAAGAGAGAGCCCUUGAGGUGAGCCAUGAGGAAAUCAAGGAGCUACAUUCACAGCUUGACAGGAGGAUGCAGGAGCUCCACGUUCUAAAGAAUGAAGAAGACCGUUUACACAGAGUGCAGCUGGAGUGUGAAACACUGAAACUGCAGGUGCUGGAGAAGGAGAGGACUGCUGAGAUCUUCCAAAAGCAAAUUGAUAGCAUGACCCAGGUCAUGGCCCAGCACAGUCGAACUGCUGGAGCAAUGGAGGUUGAGAAAUCUCAGCUUAUAAAAGAAAUAUAUGACUGGAAAAUCAAAGCAGAAGAAGUUAAGAUUGCAAAGGAUGAGAAAGAAGCCAGAAUACAUGAAAUGGAGGCCAGACUGAGUGAACUGGAACUGGAAAAGGUUAAACUGCUUAACACAUGCACUGAGAGGCUCCAUGCACUUGAUGAUAUGAAACUGGAAAAAGAGCAGCUACUGAAUGAACUCCAGGUCAGCCAGAGUGAGCUAGCUGUCCUUGCAGAGGGAUAUGGAGAUUUGAAGAGGAAUUACCAGGAUAAAAUCAAGGAGCUGGAAAACACUGCAAACAGACUGAAAGUGCAGUUGAAAUCUGCCCAAGCUGAACUGGAACAGACCAGGACUGCUCUGAAGACUAUGGAGGGAUCUGAUGGCAAUGCUAUGAAAGUUGCAGUGGGCAUGCAGAAGAAGAUCACAGCCAAGAGAGGACAGAUAGAUGCAUUAUGGAGCAAGAUUAAAUUCUUGGAAGAGGCAAUGACAAAUGCAGCUAAGGAGAAGCAUUACCUCAGAGAAGAAAAUAGUAAACUAAGUGAGGAAUUGAGCUGUAUUACAGCAGAAAAUACCAGGAUUGCUGGGGAAAUGGAGAUCCUGAGAUCACAAGACAAAUGCCUGAAAGAAAAAAUAUCUAAGAUGGAGACAGCCCUUGAUAAGGCAUCCAAGCAGUUUGCAGAGUACCAGUGCAUAAUCCAGUGUCAGGAACAGGAAGCCAUGCGCUUCAGGCUGCAGCACACGUUGGAUGUCAAGGAGCUGCAGGGCCCAGGCUACUCAUCAGCUUCUGCUUCAGGCAAGCUGAGGCACGUAGUGCCCCUUUCCCACUUGCACUCUGCUCUCCUGCCACCUUCCUUGAGCUUGGCCAGCUGUGCCUUUCAUAUGCCUUCCAAGCCAGACAUUUUGAAGGAAGAACCAUUGCAAGAUCUAAAGAGGAUUCUUCAAGAGUUAACAAACUCAGACAAUGACAUUCCCACUGUGGAUCUUGGCAAGGGUGACAGCAAUGGUGGGGAAAAACCAUCUUUAGCCACCAUGAGGAAUACAGUGGAUCCUCCAUGCUUCAAUACUGCAGAUCUUCAGUCCCAGGACAUUACCCUGCCCUUCAUAUCUCAUGGAGCUGCUUUCAUCUUCUCAGCAGCUCCUUGUUAUAUAUCCUCCCUGGAGAAUGUCUCUCAGGAGCAGAGGCACAGAGCAAAGUCUCCAGUACACAUGCUGUUAACUUCUCCACCCGAUGAUCCUGCAGCUGCCCCCAGGGCCUCUCCAGAGCACAGAGUGUCCACAAACAAUGUUGGCUCUCCAGAGGCUGCACCCACAGCCCCCCAGAUAACUUCUCAGCCCAUGAAAAAUAGAGAGCAGACACCCAGGAGGCUACAGAACAAGAUGGAAAGCCUGCAGGACCUGCUGGGAUCAUUACAGAUAAAAAACCAAGCCCUGUCAGCAAUGAUCAGAACUCAGGAAGUGAAGACAGAGAAAGCAAAGGGAAAGAAGCAGCAGCAAUCAGAAUUAAGCUGCCAUUUUAAUUCGUGA